AUGAAAUUGGCUGCCUAUUUUUCCGCGCUUUUUUCAAUCUCGUUUGCACUAGAGAAAUGCCCGGAAACCUGCGAAUGCGAUUGUGGGGCGUCAUAUUGGAGCAAGAUCAAGGAUUAUGCCGACUGUGAUGCGAUUCAAAUGCUUUCCGUCACUGGAUUGAUGGAAAAGAAAACUGCCAAGGCCUUGAAGAGCGCUUGCAACGACGUGUUCUCCGUUGUCGAGCCUGUCGACAAGCUACUCAAAGCAAUGCCCUUGGAUGAAAUCGCCCAAAACCCAGGUCAAAUUUGCGCAGCAAUCGGAGCCCAACUUGGACGCAUUGAAAAAGAACGCACCGUCGACCUUUCUAUUGUCAAAAAAUUGGCGCCUCAAUGCCGCUGUCUCGUUAAAAAUCUUGCUUUGGCGCUGGACGGAAAGCCGGACAUGGCUGGAAUCAUCGCUUGUGCUUCCGAGGUGAAAAACUCGAUGUCGGACCUUCGAAUUCCUCACUACGAUCUGUAG